CACAGGAAAAUGACACUAUCCCUCACCAUCAUCAGAUUCAAGAAUUGGCUGAAGUAAAAGUUGAAGGUAAAGAAGAAGCAGAAGAGAUGUGUGUGAUAGGUGGUCCGCACUCUACAGAUAAAGUUAAAGUGAGGGUGACGAUUAAAGAGGAAGGUAUUUUUCCAGAGAUCAGUACGGAUGGGCACCUCGACUGUGACCUAGAAGAUAACAUCAUAAGUCAAGAUUGUCAAGGAGAAAAACCUGUUACGCAAAAUAGCCAUCACAGUGAGGAAAGUUCAUCAGAUCUUUCUAAUGUUGAGGAAUCUUCUUCAGAUCAGGCAGAUAGUGUUCCUCCAGCUACACUUCCGGGACCUCACAUUAUGGAUACACUUCCAGGACCUUACAUUAUGGAUGGGUCACCUGAUCCUGCUAAUCUUGAGGAAACCUCUGCUGAUAGCUCACAUAGGGUCAGCCCAGUAGUCUGCCCAAUAGCUAGAUCACCAGAUGCCUCUAAACCAGAGGAAUCUCCUUCCAAUAGCUUAGAAAUGGCUUUUUCAGGACUGCACAACAUAGCUGGAUCACUGGAUCUCUCUAUCUCUGAAGACCAGCCUGUCUGUAAGUCAGAGAAGGAGGAACCUUGUCCUAGUACUGAAAAAGGUGAAUGUCACGUAAGCGCAUCAAAUAUUGAUGAAGAUCCAAAAACCGACACUGAUAUAACCUCAGUUAUUUGUUCAGACUGUGGGAAAAGCUUUAAGGAACAAGAAGAACUUGACCAACACCGGAGGACUCACACAGGGAAAAAGCCUUAUUCAUGUUCCGAUUGUGGGAAACGGUUUCCCGUGAAAUCAAAACUCAUCCAACAUCUGAGAGUCCACACUGGGGAGAAGCCCUUCCCAUGUGCAGUGUGUGGGAGAUGCUUCACCACCAAGACCAACCUUGCCACGCAUCAGUCCAUCCACACAGAAGAGAAACCGUUCCUGUGUACUAAGUGCGGGAAAUGCUUCUCAAGGAAGUCCUCCCUCCUGACCCAUCUCCGGAUUCACAACGGCGACAAAGAUUUCACAUGCGGAGAGUGUGGGAAGAGCUUUACCCUAAAAUGCUAUUUACGGAUUCACGAAAAGAUUCACACCGGCGAGAAGCCAUUUGCGUGCUCGGAGUGCGGGAAGUGCUUCCUCCAGCGGUCAGCCUUUGUCAAACAUCAGCGCCUUCACCGAGGAGACAAGCCGUUUUCCUGUCCGGAGUGCGGAAGGUGCUUCCUGGAGAAAGGACAACUCGCUAUUCAUCAGCGUAUACACACAGGGGAGCGGCCGUAUGCCUGUUCCGAAUGCUACAAAAGUUUCAUCAAAAAGUCUGAUCUUCAGAGGCACCAGAGAACGCACACGGGUGAAAAGCCUUUUUCCUGCAGCGAGUGCGGCAAAUGCUUCACGCAGAAAGCUCAUCUCGUGGCCCAUCGGAGAGUUCACACGGGCGAGAAGUCAUCUUCCUGUUCAGAGUGUGGUCGGUGUCCAAGGAAGUCUCUUUCUGGUCAGCACCAGGAAGGUCACACUCAUUGACUCUGAUGAAGAGCACUUGUUUGAGCAGAGAAUAAUAAUGUGUAAUAAAGUGUGGUUUCAACGCA